GCACUGUGGGCGCGUGCAUGGUAGCAAUGCCUUAACGUGGGCGCGCAUGGUGUCUCCGCAUAUGACGUAGUAUUGCCUGUGCGGGAGUUAGCGCGCGGCAUCCCUUGUAUGGUUUAGUCAAAGUCAGAGCAGGGCGUUUGUGGAUCUCUUGUUUAAGUGACCGAGUAGUAUCUUGUCGGAGAUCACGGUUCUUUAAAAAAAAAUGUCGGGGGAUAACGAAGAAACACAGACGGCGGAGGAAAUAUCAGUUGAUGAGACGGAGGUUCAGGACAAGAUGAUCAGUCCCGAGAAGACCGAGGAGGCUAAACUGAAAGCCAGAUACCCAAAUUUAGGAAACAAACCCGGAGGCUCUGAUCUGCUUCGUAAACGCCUCCAGAAGGGGCAAAAGUACUUUGACUCGGGCGACUACAACAUGGCUAAAGCAAAGACAAAGAACAAACAGCUGCCAACAGCUGCACCAGAGAAGACUGAGAUCACAGGUGAUCACAUCCCCACCCCCCAGGACCUGCCUCAGAGGAAACCGUCUUUGGUGGCCAGUAAACUGGCAGGGUGAUGCACACCCAGCCUUGAGAGCCACUGCGGCACCUCCCAACCCUACUCUUCUCCACUCAAGUCUCAGAGCUGUAACAUAACUCCUCACAGUACCACCUGUUCCCAGCUUUCACCCCCUCUGGAGCAGCCUGAACUCCACUCACCAGAGCCCACACCUACACCCAGUGAACUGUCUGGCUGAUAAGCUCAGUUGCCUCUGCUGCCUCCUCUCUAUGUUUCUGUUCCUCCCUACUUCCCCAGGCUGACUGCCCUUCUGCCACUGUCCUCCUACUUCAGGUUUCUUUUUAUGUUUUCUUUACUUCCAUGUAAGAAACAAUGAAGGUCAGGAUGUUCCAGUGUGAGUGUGCUGAGCAGACUCCUCUGUACAUCUGAUAUCACAUGUUUACAGGCUUAAGAAAGGGGCAAGCAGCAGAAGCUACUUGUAUGGUUAGAGAGCUUUAGUCAGGUUAUCGAGAUCCCUCACUUUGGAAAUGUGUGUAUGUAUAUAUAUGUAUUUGCUUUGGUUUCACACAGGGGCAGAUGUCAGCCUUUUAAAACAUUUUACAUCAGAUUUGUAUUAUCCACUGUAUGUCCUUGUUCUAAAUUAUACUGUCUGUGUUUGGGGGAUUGACUGAAUAUAUUAAUCCACAUGCCAAGCUCAGUUUUAUUAACACUUUGACACAUGGGGGGAAGCCAUGCUAAAGCACCACAAAGUGGAGGCUAGAGUGUCAUGGGGAACUGCAUGUGUGUGAUGCAGGGCUCCUGAAGGCAAAUCUCACCAAGCUCUAUUUUAAUUCAUUAACGUGCACUGAACAGGGAUUUAAAUAGAUGCUGAAAGUCCCAGGUGCUUUUAAAUAGUUAAUUCAAGACAUGUUGAAAGCAGGAACGUCUAUCAGGAGUGAAAGAGCAGGAGAUGCUGUUGCUGCUUCAGUCUGAACUGUAAUGUAGAACGUUUGUGUUGUAUUUGUGGUGGGUCGUGAGUGUCAGGCUCAGAUGAUGACACAUAGGUCAAAGUUUAGGGUUUCUGAGGCAUAGAAGUGGGGUAGAGAAGUUUACGGGACCUCAAAUUUAAAUUUCUUUCAGUCGGCAUCAGUUUCUGUGCCCAAAACACUGCUUGAGUAUCAAAUGAUUGUUUAAAAAAAAAAA